AAAAGACGUAGUGACAUGACAAAACAUAAGUUUUCUAUUGGCUAAUUUUUUUUGAGGACGUGGACAGGCUAUCUGAUCAAGAUAUCUUACUUUUAGUAUAGUAUAGAUUCAAAUUAAUGAAAAAUAAAUAUACAAAUGAAUUAAUUUUACUGAGAUUUUCAUAAAUAAAAUUAUUAUUAUAUGUACUUUUACACUUUUUGUUGUUGUUAAAAUAACAUUAACUUCUAACUCUACCAUUAAAGUCUUUUAGCUUAAAGGUAGAUCUACCAGAUUCGAAUCUCAGUAUGUGAGAGAUGAUAAAUUUAUCAUUAUUAAUUAAGAUUUUACUGAAUAUUUCAUAAAGACAAAUAUUGUUAUAUGUAUAUCUUCUUUUUUGGAAAAUAACUUUUACACAGUUAUGUGUAUACUAAAUCUUGACAGGAAAAUAAAUUACACAUGCAUAUAAGAACCAUCCACUCAAAAUAUUGAGCACAUAGAUUGAUCAAAGCAAUGAAUAACCUCUACUGUUCUCUGUUUAUCAUUGCAUUGUGCAUAGGAUUGAGUAAUGCCCUGGUCAAAGAGAAAAAUUCGGUACAUUUUAUGAACUCUCUUGGUGGAAACAACGUUCUUAAAAUUCAUUGUAUAUCAGACGAAGACGAUCUAGGCGAGCACCUUUUGAAGCCUGGAGAAAUCUACGAGUUUAGUUUUUAUGACAGUAUCAUGGGAACCUUGAUCAAUUGUGAUUUAUGGCAGGGAAUUGAAUUCAGAUUUCAUGCAAAUUUCAGGGCAUAUGAAGGUGGUGGUCUCAUAGGUCAUUACGGCAAACAGAAUUUUUGGUUUUCUAGAGAUGAUGGGAUUUACUUUACCCAUGGUAAGGACGAGCCAAAGUUAGAGUAUAAGUGGGUCUACAGUGUCCUUGACAUGGCACCGUCUCAUUACUGAUCUGAAUCUUUCUCUCAAUAAAUUGUUGUGCUUUACUGAAAUGAAGUGAAAAGAUCUUGUUUGUUUGAAGUGCAAUUUUAUGAAUUCCGUUCUUGGAACGGAUACCCAUAAAUAUAUAUUGAAUAAAAUAUUGCAAUCUAUAUUUAGAACGCAACU